GACGACGACGACAACGACAACGGUAGGAGUCUGCCAUAUCCCCCUCCCCUCUCCCUGUUGGCCGAUCGCUGUCAGCCGCAAACUCGGAUUAUUAAUUUCCUUCCUGUCGUCUCAGGUGUCUCUCUCUCCCACCACACCAAUACGCCCCCGGCCUCGAUUCCCUCUCACCCGCUGUCCCGCCACACUCCGACCGCCGCGAGAAGGCUGUGUCGCUCAUAGAUGGAUGUCCCGCCCUCCGAAUCCUUUUGGGCUGCGUUUAGAAGCUUAUCAAAACGCUAUCACAGCCAGGGGCACACCGAGUCCGCCGCCAAGUUGGACGCGGUGGUGGAUCAGGCCAGCAAGAAUGAUGCGCACAACCCCGCGGGCGCCCUCGUGCUCUUCGGCGCGUUGGUCCUCACCUUUUUGCAGCAGAACGAGUGGAAUGCCGCCGUCGACGUCGGAAUUAUCGUGGUCGAUGCCCGGCGCGCCCUGCUGGGCCCCAACAAUCCGAGCACAAUGACCUCCAUGAACAAUCUGGUUUCGGCAUACUGGGGCCAGGGUCGCUGGACGGACGCAAUUAACCUGGGUCGCCAGGUGACAGAGGCCCGGAAGAAGGCGCUGGGGGAGGAGCACCCCCAGACCAUGGCCUCCAUGUCCAAUCUGGCGGCGGCAUAUCGCAGGCAGGGCCAUUGGCGGCAAGCCGAGGCGCAGGAGCUGCGGCUGCUAGAGAUCAAGACGCGCAGACUGGGCGAGGAUGACCAGUCCACCUUGACCUCCAUGGGCAGCCUAGCGACCACGUACAGUCACAUGGGGCGAUAUGACGAUGCGGAGCGGUUGGAGACCCGGGUGGUCGAGCGGAGUACUCGCGUGCUGGGGGACCACCAUCCCUCCACCCUGACCUGGAAGUCCAACCUGGCCACCACUUAUCGCGAGCAGGGCCGACUGGAUGAGGCGGAAAAGCUCGAGUCAGAGGUGUUGGACGCCCGCAUCGACAUCCACGGGCCCCAGCACCCCCUCACUCUCACCUCCAUGGCGAAUCUCGCCUCCAUGUACCGAGACCUGGGCCGGUUGGAGGAGGCGGAGCAUCUCGAGACGCAGGUCGUGGAGACGUGCAAGGAGAAGCUGGGCGAACAACACCCCCAGACCCUGGUGUCGAUGGUUAAUCUUGCGUCCACGUACCGGGGUCAAGAUCGAUUCGAAGAGGCCGCCCGCCUUGGGGGGCGCGCAGUGGCCACGAUGAAGUCGCGUCUGGGCGACCAGAGCCCCCUUACACUGACCGCCAUGGCAGAUCUGGCUUUGACAUAUCAGGGACAAGGGCACACCGACGGCGCGGAGGCGUUGACGGCACAGGUGCUGCGGCUGAUGCAGAAGAAUCUCGGGCCCCUCCAUCCGCAUACCCUGACGGCGAUGGCGAACCUGGGAGCGAUCUACCAAUCGCAAGGGCGAUGGGACGAGGCGGAGACGCUGGCGGAGGAGACAGUCCGGGGUCGCGAGAAGGUGCUGGGCAAAACACAUCCCGACACGCAGGCGUCGAUGGAGGACCUGGUUCGCAUCUGCCGAGUGUUGGCGGCGGACCAGACGACGGGGGUGCGACCGCCGCAUCAUUCAUGAGUGACGAUGAUGACCGAGCAGGCCCUUGGGUGACUUUAGCUUCUCUUCUCUUCUGUUUUCCUGUGCAAUUUGUUGAUGCGACAUGACGACCGGUGUUUUCGGAUAGGCCAUUUGCUACUUGAUAGGAUUGGUUAGUGACUGGGGAAAUGAACAAGCAUUCCCACUUCCACCCAGCAUUCUGGCUGGUGCAUCUUUUGGUAGAGAGUAGCGACCGUGCUCAAGCUCUCUCUCUCUCUCUCUCUCUCUCUCUCUCUGGCUGCUUGAGAAGGAGAGAGGAGAGGACAGCGAAAGGAUAGAUGAAGGGCGCGAGACUGUGG